UUCUUCGAAAUUUCGUAUCGAGGAACGAUAACACUGAGGACAGUGUACAGAUCAGUUUUGUGCUCAUCCAGCUCGGAGCUCCAAUGGAUCUCCAUUUUCAUGCCGAUUUGCUGCUUUGCUUUUUCUCUAGACCUUCCUUUUGAAGAUCAAUGGACUGGUCAUUUCUCAGUCUCAGAUACACGGCCACCACGCACCAAUUUGGCUGCCAUUGCCUUACCUAGUUACGUGCAUUCGGUUUCAAGCACCAGUCCCACCGUUUCGCUUCUCUAUUGUUUCCUAAAUUUGUUGUAAGCGUCGGUUGACUGUGCGUAUGUACUGUGCCAUCUCUCUUGCGACGUAAUUCAAUCUGAGCCGAGCCAAAAAAUGACGUCUCGUGAUUCCUCCAGUUCCGGCAAUGGCCUAUUACCUCUUACUGUUUCCACGUCCGGCCGACAUCACGAUGUUGAGGGUGGACUCUCCUCCGGCAAAAGCAUUGACGAGGAGGAAGAAGAGGCUGUAUCGGAUCCCUUCGACAUUGACAACACCAAAAAUGUCCCUCUCGAGAUACUCAAGCGAUGGAGGCAAGCUGCAUUGGUGCUUAAUGCCUCUCGGAGAUUUCGAUAUACUUUGGACUUAAAAAAGGAGGAAGAGAAAGAACAAAGGAGACGGAUGAUUAGAGCCCAUGCACAAGUGAUAAGGGCAGCGCUGCUUUUCAAAUUGGCUGGGGAACAACAAAUUGGUUCAUCAGCAUCACCUCCAUUGUCAAGUAGUGACUAUUCCAUUAGUUUAGAACAACUUGCUUCAUUGACUCGUGAUCAAAACUUGACUUCUUUACAACAGCAUGGAGGAGUUAAAGGCUUAUCAAAUUUGUUGAAAACAAGUACCGAGAAAGGAAUAUCAGGAGAUGAAACUGAUUUGCUGAAAAGAAGAAACGCAUUUGGAUCAAAUACGUAUCCGCGUAAAAAAGGACGGAGCUUCUUGAGAUUUCUUUGGGAAGCUUGGCAAGAUUUAACCCUAAUCAUCUUGAUUAUAGCUGCAGUGGCAUCAUUGGCUUUGGGUAUUAAAACAGAGGGUUUAGAGGAAGGAUGGUAUGAUGGAGGAAGUAUUGCCUUUGCUGUGUUUCUUGUCAUAAUGGUAACAGCGGUUAGUGAUUAUCGACAGUCUCUUCAGUUUCAGAACUUAAAUGAGGAAAAGCAAAACAUACAAGUAGAGAUCUUGAGGGAUGGUAGAACUUUAAAGGUCUCAAUAUUUGACCUUGUUGUUGGGGAUGUUGUACCUCUUAAAAUUGGAGACCAGAUCCCUGCUGAUGGAAUAUUGAUCACCGGCCAUUCACUUGCCAUAGAUGAAUCUAGCAUGACAGGAGAAAGCAAGAUUGUUCGCAAGGAUCAGAAGGCACCCUUUUUGAUGUCUGGUUGUAAGGUUGCAGAUGGAGUUGGUACCAUGAUGGUAACUGCCGUUGGAAUCAAUACUGAAUGGGGAUUGUUGAUGGCAAGUAUCUCAGAGGAUACUGGGGAAGAAACUCCCUUGCAGGUCCGGUUGAAUGGAGUUGCAACUUUCAUUGGCAUAGUUGGGCUUGCAGUUGCAGUUUCUGUGCUAGCCGUCCUUUUGGGCAGGUACUUCACGGGAACUACACACGAUGCAAACGGGAACCCUCAAUUUCGGCAUGGCCAUACGAGUCUAGGUGAUGCUGUUAAUGGAGUUAUUAAAAUCGUUACUGUUGCUGUUACUAUUGUGGUUGUUGCAGUACCCGAAGGCCUACCUUUGGCUGUCACCCUAACACUAGCGUACUCCAUGAGGAAAAUGAUGGCUGAUAAAGCACUGGUUCGUAGGCUGUCUGCUUGUGAAACCAUGGGCUCUGCAACAACAAUAUGCAGUGAUAAGACUGGAACAUUGACUUUAAAUCAGAUGACUGUGGUCGAGGCAUGCGUUGGAAGGAAAAUGAUCAAUCCCCCAGAUGAUCCAUUGCAGUUGAAUUCAUUAGUACUCACUCUGCUACACGAGGGUGUUGCUCUGAACAGCACGGGCAAUGUUUUUGUGGCUAAGGAUGGUGGAGGUAUAGAGGUCUCGGGAUCUCCUACAGAAAAGGCUAUUUUAUCGUGGGCUGUAAAGCUGGGAAUGAAGUUUGAUGAUAUUAAAUCAGAGUCCAAAGUUCUCCAUGUUGUCCCUUUCAAUUCAGAAAAGAAGCGAGGCGGUGUUGCAAUAAAGCGGGCCAACUCAGAAGUUUGCAUACACUGGAAAGGAGCGGCAGAGAUGGUGUUAUCUUCGUGUACAAAGUUUAUGGACUUGAAUGGUGAAGUGCACUCAAUAGAGGGCAAUGAGGAUUAUUUCAAGGCAGCUAUUAGUGACAUGGCUGCAAGAAGUUUGCGUUGUGUUGCCAUUGCAUAUAGAUCAUAUCAAUUGGAGAAGAUUCCAAUAGAUGAACAACGUUUGGAUCAAUGGGAUUUGCCUGCCGAUGAUCUUGUUUUGCUUUCCAUUGUUGGUAUAAAGGAUCCUUGUCGCGAUGGUGUUAAAGAGGCUGUUAAAGUGUGCACAGAUGCGGGUGUCAAGGUGCGCAUGGUCACCGGAGACAAUAUACAGACUGCAAAAGCUAUAGCAGUUGAAUGUGGAAUACUAAACGCAAAUGAGGAUGCUUCUGAGCCUACAGUAAUUGAAGGAAAAACAUUCCGUGCAUUGUCGGAGAAGGAAAGAGAACAAGUUGCUCAAAAAAUAACGGUGAUGGGGAGGUCUUCGCCUAAUGACAAGCUGUUGCUUGUUCAAGCAUUAAGAAAGGGAGGGGACGUUGUUGCUGUGACUGGAGAUGGGACUAAUGAUGCCCCUGCACUCCACGAGGCAGAUAUCGGUCUUUCUAUGGGCAUUCAAGGUACUGAAGUUGCUAAAGAGAGUUCUGAUAUUGUUAUCUUGGACGACAACUUUGCUUCAGUUGUAAAGGUUGUCAGGUGGGGGCGUUCUGUGUAUGCGAACAUUCAGAAAUUCAUCCAGUUUCAGCUCACUGUAAAUGUUGCUGCUCUUGUGAUCAAUGUCGUUGCAGCUGUGUCUUCUGGUGAUGUUCCUCUGAAUACCGUGCAGCUUCUCUGGGUUAACCUGAUCAUGGAUACACUUGGUGCUCUAGCAUUAGCCACAGAACCACCAACUGACCACCUGAUGCAUCGGUCGCCUGUUGGGCGUAGGGAACCCCUUAUAACGAACAUUAUGUGGAGGAAUUUGAUUGUGCAGGCUUUGUAUCAAGUUGCUGUACUUCUUGUUCUCAACUUCUAUGCUAUUGAUAUUCUUCAAUUGAAUAAAGAUAGCAAGGAGCAUGCCUUUAGUGUGAAGAAUACAGUGAUUUUCAAUGCAUUUGUCCUCUGCCAAAUAUUCAAUGAAUUUAAUGCUCGAAAACCAGAUGAAAUGAAUGUGUUCAGCGGAGUGACGAAAAAUUAUCUCUUUAUGGGAAUAGUCGGAACAACGUUCGUGCUUCAGGUUCUCAUCGUCGAAUUUGCUGGAAAAUUUACUUCAACAGUAAAACUUGAUGGGAAACAAUGGCUUAUAUGCUUUGCUGUCGCCCUUGUCAGCUGGCCGCUGGCGGUUGUUGGCAAACUGAUUCCGGUUCCGGAGACCCCAUUGGCUAAAUACUUCACAAAGCCAGUUCAACGAUGCCGAAGGUCACGUGCUGCUUAAAUUUGGGAUUUCUUUCUCUCUUAAAAAUAGCAUUAUUUUGAAAGACAAAUUCAUAAUUUAGUAUCUCUAGGUUAAAAUAUACCUUUUAAUCUCUAUAUUUUGGUUAUUAUUAUUACUAUUUUUUUUUUAUUAUUUGCUAUAAUUUAGUCAUCAUACUCUAUUAAGUGUAACAGUCAAGUCCUGAGGUUAAAACUUUUUGAGAAAAAAAGAGAGAAAAUCUCUCUAUGGACUCGAAUUAAAAGUGCUUUAAUUGUUUACCCAUUCAUGGACUUGAACCAGGUAUUUUAUGUCGAGGACUUGAUUGUUACAUUUUUUAAAGCAUGGACUAAAUUAUUGCAAAAUGAAAAAAAAAAAAAAGUAUAUAUAAGAACCAAAAUAUUAUUGGAGUAAAUAUAAAAUUUAACUAAUGUUUUAUUGAAUAAUUUGGUGUAGACUCUUCCGUAUAUGUUUUCAAGUAAUUAAUUAAAGGGUCUCGUUUUAUGAAGACACGAAAAGAAAAAGAAAACCACUUCUCUUUUGGUGAUUUCAUGACAAUUAAAAUGCAAUAAAACUGAGUACGGACAGUGAAAUUUCAUCUUUUUUUCGUUUUGGACACAAUGUUUUAAAAUUACUUUCGAGGGCAGUGCUAUUUUUAGAAUUUUUCUUCUUAGUAAUGCUGUUUUUUUUUUAGAAGAAUCCCAUAAUGUUUCAUUUGCUCAGAAGUUUGAGUUGUAAUAAUGAAUAAAACAGCAGAUUGUAAAGAUAUGUGCUGAAGGUUUACUCAUCAGACUGCCUGUGUACAUAUCACCUUUACUAACCCAUAAGAUAAAAAGUGAAAUUGUAAAUUUUACUUUUAUAUUUUUACAGUGUAUUUGUUUCCUUUCUUUUUGUUA